AUGAGAUCUCGCAGCCCUCAGCCGGUGGUUUAUGAGAAGCAAACAGCCCCAACGCCUGAAAUGUAUCGCAUUGAUACUAGUAGUAAUCCAUACAUAUACAAAUUUGGAUGCAUAUACGAAGGCGAGGUGGCCAAAUUUCGUCAAGACUUACAAGUACCGAUCCUUGGGUUCCAUGGGACCUUGUGCAAUUUACAUCUCGAUCCUGAGGCUGUAAAAGCUGAAGUCAAACGGAAUCGAGCGAAGCGCUACUUUAGCAAGAAGAAUCGGUCUCGCAUUGCCCAAACUGCAACCUCGAUUUUCGUUCCUAUGAAACCCUCAGACGACAGUAUUACACCAUGUUUUCUUCCACAAGAUGGGGUCGUAUCCUUUGUAGCUCCAGAGCCCGUUUCGCGACCAUCAGAUCACCUUCAGAGCAUCGCUGAUUUGAACCGUGCGGUGUAUGAUACUCCGAGUGACCUGAAGUCUUGGCUCAAGCUGAUUCAAAUGGAAGUGCUAAAAGAGGAAACUGGGAGAGAUAGUCAGGACCCCUCUAAACAACAUUGUUUUCUCAUCCUGGAACGACAGUUGGCCAUAGUGGAGCGAGCGGUGGAAAAAAACCCAGGCAAUCUGCGCUUGCGCUUGCUAUUGACGGCGAUGUAUGAGUACUCCACGGAGCUCAUUGCAAGUGGCGUCUGUCGCACAACUACUCCCUCAUCAACUGUGCCCGAGUCUCCUCACCACAGAGAUAGAGUUUUGCGUGAAUGGUAUGAUCUCGUCCGCAUUUGCCCUCAAUUUGUAAGUGUAUGGCGUGGUUACCUGGCGCAUCUGCGUGGUCGCUUUGCUAUCUUUGGUGCCAAUCUGGAGUCUGGUCCAAACAGUGCUUUCAAACGCAUUGAUGAGGUCUACAGACGGGCUCUCGAGACUCUCUCAGGUCUUAUUGCUGGACGCAUACUCUCCCAUCGGCCUACGGAGCAAACAGCAGAUCAGACUGUUGAUCUACUCGCGGAGUACUGUCAGUGGUUAACACAUACGGGUUUCACUGAGCGGGCUUUUACAAUAUGGCAGGCGGUUGUUGAGUUUAUAUGUUUCUGUCCUUCUCAUCUCCAAUUGCGAGAUCUUGCUUCUUCUGCUGAACGACGGAGCGAAUUUAAGCGCUUCUGGACUGCGGAUGAUCGCGGAGCAGCGUUUGGUGUUCCUGGUGCUAGGGGAUGGGCUAUAUGGUGUCUUCGGGAGAGGCAAGUGAAAGAAAAGCCUAUCACGAGUGUUGUUUCCCAUGAUCGUCUUUUUUUGAGGGAGAUUGAAGAAGACUGGAGCUCCUCCUCAUCGACUGCACAGACCUUGUGGAAUCGAUUAGUCAAGGAUUGGAAUGAUGUCAGUGAGGCGGCAGAAGAUGCCCUCUUAAAUUCUUCGAGUCUUUCCUGUGAUGAUACUAAUACAACCACAACCAACACUACUACUUUAAGAACCUAUCACGCGGGUGAUGGCAGUCUUAGCUGUCGACGCUCCCGUGGCCUUGCGUGGCUCGGUCUUGAGCGUGCACGCGAAUCUGUGGGUUGGUUGUCAGCGGACACAACUAUGUACGAUCCCUCUAUCAUCGAGGAUGCUGAUAGACAGCCCCGUUUUGAGGAUAUCGAACCUUUCCUGCUAGAGGUUCACUUGGAUCCUAGAGUGUCUGAUGAAAAUGUAAUUGAACGCCGAAAACAACGGCUCCUUCUUCUCUUCCUCGAGUUUUUGGGUAUUUGGGAUGCUGAUGUUGCUAGAGAGUACAGACUGCCCCCUGAACUACAGCAAAUCUACGAACUGUCGUCAAUGAGUUGCCUGAAACGACAAAGUAUUAGCCCGCGUCAGUUCGGUUUUCCGUGGCUUCGUUCCGGUCUUGAGGAAGGCAGUGGAGACUUGGAUGUCAACUUUAGAAUGCGGUCAGUUUUGGUGGCGUCAUCCUUGGAGCAGGCGUCGCGUCUCUUCCUCAGCGAUACGACUUGGCAAUCGACAAUUGGACGGUUGAGAUUUCGUCACAUGGCCGAUUCUAUCGAACGGGCAUUGGCAAAUCAUUGCAUUACUCCAAGGGAAGCGCUGGCACUGUGGAGGAAGAAGGCGAAAAGUCUUCUUUCUACUUCAACUCAAUCUCAGGGGGACUUGGGUCUCUGGCUAGCCUACGCCAAAGGUCUUGUUCAGACGGGUUGUGCACUGUCAGAGAAUAGUUCCCUCUUCGCAGAAGCUCGCAAAGUCUUUACUACAACUCUGCGCAUGUAUCCUAUUCCAACCAUUUUAUCUAUGGCCGUGGAAACCAACUUGGAAGAACAACUGAGUAUUAUUCUGCCACGUUUAAGGGUCCUUUAUGCUUUCGUGGAGUUCGAGUUGGGAGUUCAUUUCCCUUUUUACCUGGCCCAAACCCUUUCACGUAGUGAAUGUUUUUCGCGUGCUCUGCACCUAAUACGACAUGCGGCCAUAGGCGGGACCUUCACUUUACUGCCGGAAGGCCAAUUGACACCAGUACCGCAUAGCGCUCUUGUCGACACUGCUGACCAGCUAGUUCAGCGCCUUGAAUUGUUACGUCGCCUCCUUCCAAGCACAGACCAAACUUCAACUUCCUAUUCCGUCUAUUCGGUUGCUGAAUUGACCGCAAUUUUGAGCUCUCUGCUUCUGUAUUUACACUUGCUCACUUCCGGUGAAGAUAAAUUGAAGCCAAUUUGUGGACUGAUCUUUUCGGCCUUGCAAAGUGUUGAUAGUAAUUGGGGCAGUGAACCAAAGCGAUUGAAGGCAGAGGAAAGCGGAAGCAGUAACGAAGGUACGCGGGCCGUUAUGGCGGGUUGCGGAUCGCGCCGCUUCAUACGACUUGCACUCCCUGCCAUAUCUGCGGUCAGUUUGCUUAGUCAACGUAACCGGUCGCACCUCACAGAGACCUUCCUCAAUCUGAUGUCAGAUUUCUUCACUGAUGAAACACUACCUCUCCUCACUUCGCCACUCGAGUGGACUUACCUCCUGCCUUUCAAGGUAGCAGUAAACUGUGGUGCCUAUGUCACAAAGACCUGCUCUAUCGAGUACCAAAGAAGCCUCCAAGGUCUGCUGCCGCCGCUCAUCCUCUCUGCCUUAGAGUCUCGCCUCACUGAUUGCGUGCGCGGUGUUUGCCACAGCGUGGCUCGUCAUCUUACGGCAACUUGCCACCACGCUACCAUGCGGCCGCGCACGCGCUUUGAGGGGGGGACAGAGGAGAAUGAAAGAGUUAGCGACCCAACCCACCUGCUUGGCCUCCCCUCUGAACAGCAGACUGAGUUAUUGGCACGUCUUCUUCCCUCUUCUCUGGAUCUUCUCGCCGUAGGGCUGGAGCUAGAGCACUGGACUAGCAUUGUUGCCGGCACUGCUGGUAGUUGUGAGUAA